AUGCUCUGUGCAUGUAUCCUGGCUGCCCUGCUGUGGCAAGCAGGGUGCCAGCGCAUCGGCAGCGUGACAGAGCUGCAGGACAGCGUGGCGCGGCUGGAGCGGGAGCUGGCGCGCGCCCCCGACGCCGAUCGGCCGGCGGCCAGCCUGCGUCUGGCACUGGCCCUGCACCAGUUGGACAGCGCGGCGCCAGACGGCCGCAGCCGCGUGCCGCGCGCCGCCGAGCUGUACCGCGCCGUGGCUCGCGGCACCGACGACGACGCCGGGCGCGCGGUGGAGCUGGGCAACCUGGGCGCGCUGCUGCUGGGCGCGGAGGACGCCGAGGGGGCGCGGGCGGCGCUCACCGAGUCCCAGGCCCUGUGCCGCGGCCUGCUCGAUGGGGGGCCGUCCCGGCCCGUGACCCUGGAGGAGCAGUGCACGGGGAACGAGUUCAACCUGGCCAAGCUGCUGCAGACACUGGGCGACGCUGAAGGGGCAGAGGCCGUCCUCCGCUCGCGCCUGCUCACCCGCGCCGCCCUCGAGCGCACGCCGGCCCUGUAUGCCAAGGCGGCGGCGGCGCUGCCGACCUACACGGCCGCGGAUGCGGCGGCUUUUGAGGAGGUGGCGGGUCCGUUGGGAGACAGCAGCCCCACAAGAGGGCCUCUGGCCGGGCUGGAAGCCUACGACCGCGCCUGGAUACACUACGCCCUCUUCAGGGCCCAUCGGGAGCAAGGGGCGUACGAGCGGGCAUGGCGGCACCUGGAGCAGGCCAACUCGCUGCAGGAUUCCAAGGACGCCGGCGACGGCAACCUGGCCUCCAACCUCCAGACGCUCACCGCGGUGUUUGGAGGCCAGGCGACUGGCUCGGGCCCGCAGCAGGCUGCAUGGCGGGCCCUGGUCCGGGGUGCCCGGGGCACGCAGGACGCCACCCCCAUCUUCAUCGUGGGCCUGCCCCGCAGCGGGAGCAGCCUGGCAGAGGCCAUCCUGGCCGCACACCUCCAGGUGUGGGGCGCGGGGGAGGACGGCGCGCUGGCCCCGCUCCUCCCCGACCUCCUGGCCCUCCUGCAGUCGGGCGACUGGCUCCGCCCCGGAUCCAGGAAGGUGCAGGCGAUCGCUCGACGGUACCUGGAUGCCAUGCGGUCAAGGGUACCACAGUCUAGGAAGAACGUAACCCACAUCGUGGACAAGAUGCUGUUCAACUCAUGGAACCUGGGCUUCAUCUCCAUGCUCUUCCCCAACGCCUGCAUCGUGCACGUGGAGCGCCACCCCGCCGACACCGUCCUCUCCUGCUUCGCCCAGUCCUUUGAACGGCGCGGCAUCCUCUGGGCUAAUAACCUCACCCGCAUCGUGGACCAGCACAUCCAGACCCAGAGGGUGAUGGCCCUAUGGGAGCGGGUGCUCCCCCCCGGCCGCGUGUACCGCCUGCGGUACGAGGACGUGGUGCGGGACGGCGAGGUGGCGUCGCGCGGCCUCCUGCGCGCCUGCGGCCUGGCCUGGGACCCGGCCGUGCUGGGCUUCCACGCCAGCCAGGGACGCAGCGUGGCCACGGCCAGCGCGCUGCAGGUGCGACAGCCGCUGCACGCCCGCGCCGUGGGCGCUUGGCGCCGCUUCGCACCCUGGCUGGCGCCCGCGCUGCGCCCGCUGCGUCACGACGUCGCGGCGUACGAGGCCGCGGCAGGGCUGCCAUCCAGCGCGCCGCUCCUCGACGACGAGGUUUUAGGUGGCGGGGCGGUCCAGAAGGAUGGGGUGGAGGGCGGCGCCGCCCGCGACGAGCAAGCAGACGCCAGCGCCGCCCGCAACGAGCAAGCAGACGCCAGCGCCGCCCGCGACGAGCUGUGA